AUGCCUAGGCUCAAUCCGAGUAUUGCUCUACACCAUUUGGCAGUAAAGAAGGGCGUGUGCCCAGUCAAACAAGCUCAAAGACGCUUUCGGCCAGAGCUUAUCCCUCAAAUAGAAACCGAGGUCAAUAAGCUCAUUGAAGCAGGCUUCAUUCGUGAAGUACAAUACCCGGAAUGGAUCGCUAACAUAGUCCCUGUCAAAAAGAAGAAUGGACAAAUCCGAGUGUGCGUUGACUUCCGUGAUUUGAACAAUGCAUGUCCCAAGGAUGAUUUUCCAUUACCCAUCACUGAGGUCAUGGUUGAUGCCACUACCGGUCAUGAAGCUUUAUCUUUCAUGGAUGGAUCUUCGGGUUACAACCAAAUUCAAAUGAAUCCUAAGGAUGAGCAGCUUACAGCUUUCCGUACCCCUAAGGGAAUUUACUGUUACAAAGUGAUGCCUUUUGGACUAAAGAAUGCUGAUGCUACUUAUCAACGGGCCAUGCAGAAGAUCUUUAAUAAUGUACUUCAUAAAUACGUGGAGUGUUAUGUCGAUGAUUUGGUGGUUAAAACAAAAAGGAGGGAAGACCAUCUGGUAGAUCUACGAUCCGUGUUCACCCGCUUGAGAAAGUAUCAGCUUAAGAUGAACCCCCGCAAAUGCGCUUUUGGCGUAACAUCUGGAAAAUUUCUUGGUUUCAUUGUGAGGCACCGCGGUAUUGAAAUUGACCAGUCCAAAAUUGAAGCUAUCCAGAAAAUGCCAGAGCCCAAGAAUCUAUUGAUGAAAAAGGAUGUGCACUUUGAAUGGGAUGAGGCUUGCAGCAAUGCUUUUGCACGCAUUAAAAGAUACUUACUUAAUCCUCCAGUUUUAGGUGCUCCUAUCCCAGGAAAGCCUUUGGUGCUAUAUAUUGCGGCCCAAGAAAGACAAACUGGAGCACUACAUGCAAGCAUAUAUGGUCCGUUUGAUAGCAAAGGCAGACCCAAUCAAAUAUGUCCUCUCCAGGCCAGUGAUUUCGGGUCGAAUAGCUCGAUGGGCAGUCUUGCUUCAACAUAUGACCUUGCAUACGUUCCACAAAAAGCUGUUAAAGGACAAGUAUUGGCAGAUUUCUUAGCUGAUCACCCAGUUCCGUCUGAUUGGGAGUUCUCUGAUGAUUUCCCAGAUGAAGAUGUGUUUUACAUUGAAGUAAUGCCACCAUGGGUGAUGUUUUUCGAUGGGGCUGCACGUCAAGAAGGAGCGGGGGCAGGUGUAGUGUUUGUUUCUCCACAACGGCAUAUACUUCUUUACUCGUUCUCAUUAAGUGAACUCUGCUCUAACAACGUGGCCGAAUAUCAAGCAUUGAUCAUUGGUCUACAGAUGGCUAUUGAGAUGGGCAUAUCGCAACUUGAGAUCUUGGGAGACUCCAAAUUAGUUAUCAACCAAAUCUUGGAGCAAUAUGACGUCAAGAAAGAAGACCUCAUCCCCUAUUGCAAAUAUGCGAAGAAGUUGCUAGCAAAUUUUGAAGCCAUCACAUUGGAGCAUAUACCAAGGAAGGAGAAUAGACAGGCCGAUGCUUUAGCUAAUUUGGCUACUGCCUUAGCAUUAUCCCAACAAGAAACAACCAAAGUCGCUAUUUCCCAAAGGUGGGUGGUACCUCUUGUGGUUGAAGAAGAAGAGGAAGAGCAAGCCAACAUCAUUUCUGUAUGCCUUGUCGAAAAAGAAGAUUGGCGACAAGUGAUCAUUGAAUAUCUUCAACAUGGAAGACUCCCGGAUGAUAAACGCCAUAAGACUGAAAUUCGGCGGAGGGCUGCUCGAUUCAUUUACUAUAAAGACACUCUCUUCCGCCGUUCAUUUGAUGGAUUGUUUCUCCGUUGCUUAGGAGAGGAGGAGGCUAAACAAGCCUUAGAGGAGGCUCAUUCUGGAAUAUGCGGCGCACAUCAGUCAGGUCCUAAGUUACAUUAUAGGAUCAAACGAAUGGGUUACUAUUGGCCUACAAUGGUGCAAGAUUCUAUGGAAUGCGCUAAGAAGUGCGAAGCUUGUCAGUAUCACGCAAACUUCAUCCAUCAACCGCCAGAACCUCUACACCCAACUGUAGCUUCUUGGCCUUUUGAUGCAUGGGGGCUUGAUGCAAUAGGGCCAUUACCAAAGUCAUCCGGUGGCCACUUGUACAUCUUGGCCGCAACUGACUACUUCUCAAAAUGGGCGGAAGCUGUACCCCUUAGGGAAGUGAAGAAAGAAACGGUGGUCAAUUUCAUUCGAACUCACUUGAUCUAUCGGUAUGGUGUCCCUCGGUAUAUCAUAACUGAUAAUGGCAAACCAUUCUACAAUAGGCUGAUGACAGAGCUAUGCGAGAAGUUUGAAUUUAAACAAUACAACUCCUCCAUGUACAAUGCCCCGGCAAAUGGACUAGCUGAAGCGUUUAACAAAACACUUGGCAGUUUGUUAAAAAAAGUGGUAUCCAAGACAAAGCGAGACUGGCAUGAAAGAAUCGGAGAAGCAUUAUGGGCAUAUCGAACAACAUUUCGAACGCCCACUCAAGCAACACCAUAUUCUCUUGUCUACGGAGUUGAAGCCGUCCUUCCUUUAGAACGCCAAAUCCCAUCAUUACGGAUUGCCAUUCAAGAAGGAUUGACUGGAGAAGAAAAUGCCAAGCUCAGGUUGCAAGAAUUAGAGGCACUUGAUGAAAAAAGGCUCGAGGCCCAACAACGCCUUGAAUGCUAUCAAGCUCGUCUUUCAAGCGCAUUCAAUAAAAGAGUCAAACCACGAUCAUUCCAAGUUGGUGACUUAGUCCUCGCCGUUCGAAGACCUAUCAUCACAACUCAUCGUACAGGCAAUAAGUUCACUUCAAAAUGGGAUGGACCUUAUGUUGUGCAAGAAGUCUACACCAAUGGAGCUUAUAAGUUGAUUGACAAUGAUGGUGGGGCAAACACUAACCAAGCUCACAAGUUGAUCAACAAUGACAAUGCAAGGAUCGGCCCCAUCAAUGGGAAGUUCCUCAAACGCUUCUAG